AUGGAUGAUUAUACUGAUACCAGUGAUGAUGAAAUAUUUCAUCAUGAAAAUAAAUCUAAUUCGAAUGAGAAAAAUCCUUUUCCAUCAGAAUGUACAAAUGAAGCAGAUGGUAUUGAAUCUUUUCAUCGUUGUUUCACGGAACGUUACCAUAGUUGUCCAAUAUUUUUCUAUGGUUCUCUUUCGAAAGCUUGUGAAAUCGCUUUCAAUUCAUUGGACAUCACAAAGCAUCGUCCAGUACUCGUGUAUAUACACCAUGAGAAAAGUGCAUUAAGUAAUAUGUUUUGUAAACAAAUCUUCUGUUCAGAGGUUUUAACUGAAUUUUUAAUGGAAAAUUAUAUUGUUUGGCCAUGGGAUAUCACUCUUCGAUCGAAUGAAAUUCGAUUAUCAGCGAUCUGGAAAGAACUUUUUGGUUGUCCAUUAUUGGCAGACUUUUCCGCAGACAAAUAUCCAAUGUUAUUUGGAAUAACUCGUCGACUUCCAGGCAGAAAACUUUGGUCAUUGGAAAUCGAAUAUCAAUUUACAUCAUUAAUGAAAAGUGAUAAAUUAAUACGAACUCAAGAAAUUGUUGCUCUCGAUACUUUUGUGUCUGAAUUGAUCACAUUCAAAGAACAAUGUGAUCAAAUCGAACAAACUUUAAUGUUCAAUAUCAACAAAGAAAACAACAAUAUUCGAAAUGAAUCGUUUUCUGCAUGCUUACAACAACGUUAUCAAAAUUGUCCAACAUUCUUUAUGGGAUUUCUUCAAGAUGCAUGUAAACUUAUUCAUAAUCCGAUAUUAAACAAAGAAUGUCGUCCAGUUCUCAUUUAUUUACACAAUGAUGAGAAUUUUCAUAGUGAAAUGAUCAAUCCAAUAAGUAUUAUCGAUUAUUUAUUAGAAGAUUUCAUUGUUUAUCCAUUUGACAUCACAUCGGAAUCGAAUGAAGAAAUAAUAAAAUAUAUGUGGAUUGAAUUAUUCAAAACUUCUUUCUUUCCAAAAUCUUAUCAAAAGAAAUUGUCCAUCGAUUUAUGGAUGAAACUUUUAAUCAAUAGUGCAACAUUAAAUCUUGACAAAACAUUUCUCAAACAGCUCUUCGAUUUUAAAGAAAAAUUUCAUGAAAAUGAAAAGAUUUUAAGUUAUGAUUUUCUCAAAGAUAUUCGUCUUCCUUUCAAUAUUAUUCCUCAAAUCAGUAAAUAUUUUACGUUAAAUGAAUUGAUCACCUUGUUUUCCACCGAAAUCAUACCUUUAUUGAAUGAAUUUCAAGUGAAAGUACAUUUAUCAGAUUCAUCUCAUGAACUUCUGAAUAUGAUUUAUCAAAGACUUCGACCUGGUCUCAUUAUUUCCAUAAUGUUCAAUACAAAAUGUGUCGAAAUUUGUCUCAUACGAGCUCUUCAAAUGAAAUCCAUAUAUGAGUACAGUUGGAUGAAAUGCAUCUGCAACACCAAGAUCACGUCGGAACGAAUGUCAAUCACGAACAAUGAUGUUUUCGUCUUUAAUUCAUUUCAUUGUAUUAUUGAUGAAUUUAAUCAUUGA